CUAAUCAGCAUUCAAAAUACAUGUCAAAUCAGUUUCCUAAGUCUGAGAAAAUUAUUCUAAAGAUAAGAUAUAUGAGAAAGUUUCUCAUAUCCUCAUUUAAAUGUUUCAUGCAGUUAAUUUUGAACAAAAAUCUGAAAGAUAUUUUUUUGUUCAGGUAAAUGAUAUGAUGGACACAUACCAGCAUGGUGAAGUUUUUUUUAGAUCGAGUAACAUAGUACCUAACAUUGGAAUCUUGUUUGAAAUGUGUGCUUCUUAUGAACGAACAAGUACAAAAGAGAAAGGGGAGUUUAGCUGUGGCUGGACACAUUUACCAUUAGAAGAUCCUACAACAGGACAACCUGUACAAAACAAGACAUAUGAUCUGUAUAUGAACGGAGGUACACCUUACGAGAAAGGUGUGGAGGUGGACCCUAGUAUCAGCAGAAGAACCAGUACUAAUGCAUUGAUGUCUCUGAUCUCGGGAAACAAACAGCCAAGACUUACUGUCAAACUCUCUGUACCUAAGAAAGAACAAAAGGAUUUGAUUGACACACUGCCUGAUACAUUGAUAGGCAACACGUCCCUGCUACAGAUGUAUAGUUAUUACAGACAGAUACUGGCUGAUACUUUAUUGAGAGACAGGCUGGAUCUCGAGUCUGCAGAGAUAAUACACAGUCCAUGGCUGGCAACAUUCCCCAUCAUUGCAGACCAGCAUGAUAUGAUGAAGUUACUCAGGGAAAGCUGGAUUGAAAAGUUGAAGGGAAUAAGGAGAGCUGAAACGAACCCUAUAUUUUCUGCAUAUUCACGAAGGAGAGAUGCAGAGUUUAUGAAGGACACAUUUAAGAAAGUGAUAAGUGAAUCAGUCUAUCCUCUAUUACAUUCAGCAAGAAUGCCAGCAUACAAAAGUGGUGACCUCACAGUUGAAGAGAUAAGGCAUACAGAGAUGGAGAGGUUUAAGUUACAGAAGUUGACAAAGCGUGGAAUCCUUGCCUUGCUUCUUUCCUCGGACAUGUCACAUAAACCUGUUGAUAUGAAAGAAGUCUCAUUUAAUGUUAUAGGACCUUACUGUCUGUCACAAAAAACGCCUGCACCGGUGACUGUAGAGAGUUGAUCAGAGCAUUGUGAUACACAACAUUUACAGAACAGUAGUGAAAUAUAGCGCUAAACACUCUAAAAGCUUUCUUUAUAUGGCAGCCAUAUUGAACAUUGAUAUUGUAUAGCAAAUGAAAAUGAUAUCUGAAUAGUGUAGUCACUUUCAUGUUAUUUUUUUCAAAAAGACUUUGUAGCCAUGGAAACAAUAUGAACUUGUCUAGAAAAUAAGUGCUGAUGUAUAGUUACACGAGUUGUGAAACCAUUAUAGAAAGAUCACUUGUGAAGGAAGCCUGUUUUGAUCAGUGUUUGGAUCAAAUGAAUUAGAGAAGUAUUUCUGUAAGAAAAUGAUAAAAUGGAAAUUGUUAGAUUCCAUCAUGGUAUAUUUUGUAUCAGUAGUUGUAUUAACACUUGGGUUAUAGCUAAAUUUAACUAAGAAGGUCCAAGAUUGUUUGUGUAAGAGGAGUGAUUUGGUAAAAGUAGGUGAAACAGGUCUUAUUGGAGGAAAUGUGUAUGGCAUUUAUAUUUUAACAUGAUGCAUAUUAUUUACAUAACAUCAUUAAACAGGACUUUUUAAAGGAUAGGAAAUAUGUGAAACUUUUUGCCCUACAUAUUUGAAAUGACAGUUUGAAUCUCCUUGAAAGAUACAUUUUAUAUGUAAGGUUUUAUGUAAAAGAAUCUGUGAUAUUUUUACUUAACAAUCUGUUUAUUUAGGUAGUGUAUAGUGAAUUGUGUAAUUGUCUGUCUACACUUUCAUGGGUAAUGACAAUUACAUUUAUAGAUUGUUUUAAUUAUGUUUAUUUAUUUAUCCAUGUCCAGUACUGUAAUAUUGCAUAAACUGUUGUAUUAAAAAAAUUGCCAUUUCUUUAACAUGCUAUAAAAAAUGAAAGUAUUCUUUUCUCAAUACAUACAUUUUUAUGCCCCCGGCAUCUACUGAUGCGGGAGGCAUAUAGUGAUUGUCCUGUCCAUCCGUCCCUUCGUUCGUUUGUCCGUCUGUACGAGGUUAACCAAAUGGGACCGUUUCGUCUAGCAUCAAUACCCCUUACUAGAAUUAAUUAAUACUUAUGCAGAUGUAACCUGUGACCAUUCCUCAUCUUCAGACAUCACCUGACCUCAGUUUGAUCUUGACCUUGACCUCAUUUUGGACUUAGGUUGCUUUAUAUGGGCCAUCUCUUGGUUAACCAAAUGGGACCGUUUCGUCUAGCAUCAAUACCGCUUACAAGAACGAAUUGAUACUAAUACAGAUGUAACCUGUGAACAUUCCUCAUCUUCAAACAUCACCUGACCUCAGUUUGACCUUGUCCUUGACCUGGUUUUUGACUUAGGUUGCUUUGUAUCGACAAGGAUGCCACCGGGGGCAUCAAGCGUUUAUUGAACGCAGCUCCUUGUUAUUUCAAUGAAAAUGGUUGUAGUCCUACAGCAACUUGUAAUAAAAGAAAAUAUUAUAAA